GGUUCCUUCUUUAGGCUCAGCCCACACAUAAAAAUAUAUUGUUGACUUUAUAGAGGCGAAUUUCAGAGACGAGUGGUCCCCCCUGCGCUGUGAACAUAAUAUGAAAUUCUCGUGAAGACUUCGUUUUAGCCUAACGUUAUUAGCCUAUAUUAGCUUUUUUUAAAUGUUUAUUUCGGCUCCAGAGUGCAAUGCGUUGCCGUGCACCACAAGGCGAUGCUUGGAUAUUCUGUAAAACCAGGAUAUUUCUAUUUACAGGAAAGUAGGCUCAAAGUGAUUUAAUGUUCGUUUUCGCAGAACAGCAUAUUUGUUAACAAUGAACAAAUAACAGCUGGUUGUGGGUAGCCUAUUCAUUUUUUCAUUUUAUUUUUUACAUUCUUUGAGAUAAUGUUCACUCUUUCGAGUGUACCGAAUGCAAUACGGUACAGUAGACUAGUAGCCUUAUUGGCGUGGAUGCAUUGCUGAGCUGCUAUUUUGCCGUUUUAGUCUGUUGGACACUGGAUUGUACCCAGCAGAGUGUCCGUUUAGUUUUUCUCUACAGAAGUCCAUCUUAUCGGCACUGGUCCUGAAGAUGAACACAGAGGAGGCGGAUGGAUUGGAUGGCGUGGCCUCCAACACUUCAAUGAUAUCUGGGGCUAGUAGCCCAUAUCAACCGACAACUGAACCAGUUACUUCAAGAAAUGUCUUCAGGGGAAUCCGAUGCGACUCGGAAUAUCUGAAAUCAAACUUUGGAAUUUUAAAAAUCAUUGAAGUGGUCCUCUCUCUCAUUGCCUUCAUCUGCAUAGAGAGCAUCAUGCAGUGCUUGCCCUGUGGAAGUGUGUACUUCUUUGAGUUUGUCAGCUGCAGUGCUUUCUUCCUCACCAGUGGCCUGCUCCUGGUCUUCAGCCUCAGCAUCGACAGCAAAGUGCCUCACAUCAACUGGAGUCUCACCGACCUGGUCAACACUGCUGCAAGCGCCUUCUUCUUCCUCCUCGCCUCUGUUGUGCUGGCCACGCUGAACCACAUGUCUGGAGCCGAGAUAACUGCUGCGAUAUUUGGCUUCCUGGUGAUGGCUGUCUAUGGCUUCAACACGUACCUGGGAGUGAGGCACUGGCACACGAGUGUGGGAAGCUCCAGCAGCACGCAGGCCAGCGAGUACGUCCCCGCCCGCACCAAGCCGGGGAGUGAGAGGGAGGCACAGCCUGAGCCCCAGUGACCCACCCAGCUCAGACAGGAGGGCUACUGUCACAUGUCAUGUUCCCAGGGAUGACCUCCCCCUGGCCUCUGCCCACUAACUCUUCCCUGGGAGUUAUUUCCGACACCGUCAUGCCGGAAUGGCAUCUCAUGCUUCCUGAUGACGUAGUAACUGUUGACCACACCCCCAGUGGGGGCCACAGUGUGACCAGUUUGGCCAAACAAACCAGUCUGAUCCAUCAUGGAAUGCUGCAUGCUUCUAUGAAAAAAAUAUAGUAGUCAAUGUAAUAGUUGUCUUGUAGUAGUUUUCCAAAAGUCCAAAAAUGCCAAUGGAUGAGACUUUUUUGGGCGCAUCCUGGAAUUGAAACUUCUCAAUGAACUUGUGAAAUCAAUGGAUGGUCACUCCAGUUUGUAUUGUGAUGUAAACAUGUCUGCCAAACUAAGUGAAUGGUACAAAAUUGAGCCCAGUUCAAUGUCUGAAGAGGUCUUUUUAAGGUGGUUGAGAGGAAGGCUGUAUAUAUUUCAAUUUAUACUUUAUUGCCCUAGUAAGUUGCCUUGUAUGACAGAUUAACCAGGCCUUCUGUAUCAAAAGGCAUUCAAUGAAUUGUUAGAUUCAAUAUUCAUGUUACAGAGUAUUUUUACACUGCUGACUAAACCCGCAGCCUUCAGCUUGCUGUGGUUGUGAGUUGCAGCCAAUCAUCUCUGUGGACUGUGUCGAUAUGUAUAUGUGAGUUUUGAUAAGGCCAGAGAGAGCCAAUGGGUUAUAGCUGUAGCUGGUGUAUUUAUUACAGCUCUGUGAUAUGGCACAUGGUUUUAUAUGAGUGUAUGAAAUGUGUGUACCAUAAGGAUGUCAGUCACUCACUUUAACCAUGGUGCCUUAAGUUAAAGGCCAUACCACCAAGAAAUCCUGACUAGAUAUAGAGACCCCAUGUUUAAGGUACUAUUGUACUAUGUUUCAAAGACAUUAGGCUGAUGGGUUGAUGGUGUGACAAUCAUUGUGAUUGUGCAUAGAUAUGCGUGAUUGUACAAAUUAUUGUUUGUAUGUGAAGAAUUUGGGGUUUUUUUACAGCCUAAAUACUUUGUCAAUGCCAUUGAAUUUAGGAAGCUAAACAAACACAAUCUGAAUAUAAAGGAGCUGUAUAGAUUUUGAUAUUUUGAGUGUGAAUGGUCCCAAAAUUUGUUAGAAAUAUAUCAGAUCAGUUUUCUUCUUCCAGCUUGGAAAUAGUUUUUUUGUAGUAAGCAAAUACUACAUGUAUUUUCUCUGUGAACCAGUCCAUGUUGAUUUGGCAAAACUGGUUUUAUGACCAAAAAAGCCCUUUCAUUUAAUAAAUCAUUCUGACUGAUUUCGACUUGUCAUAUUUUCAUGUCAAAAAGCACUUUUUUGAUGAUAUUUGUAAUUACUGUUAAGAAGCAGUUUUCACACAAAACCUUUGCUAGAAAUGCUAGAAUAGAUUUAGGGAUAAUCAAAAUGUUGCCUUUAAUGAAAGAUGUACCUUCUGCUUA